GGGUGCGCACUCGCGUAGACACGCUCCGGCCAUGGUGGUGGUGGCAGCCGCGCAGAGCCCGGCCGCCGGGGCACCCAAAGUUCUGCUUCUGUCCGGCCAGCCCGCCACCACCACCGCCGCCGCCGCCGCCGCCGCCGCCGGAGCCCCGGCAGGCCGGGCUCUGCCGAUCAUGUUGCCGGGCCAGCGAGGGGCCAGCCCGGAGGCGGCGAGCGGGGGGCCGCCCCAGGCGCGCAAACGACAGCGCCUCACGCACCUGAGCCCCGAGGAGAAGGCGCUGCGGAGGAAACUGAAAAACAGAGUAGCAGCUCAGACUGCCAGAGACCGAAAGAAAGCUCGAAUGAGUGAGCUGGAGCAACAAGUGGUAGAUUUGGAAGAAGAGAACCAAAAACUUUUGCUAGAAAAUCAGCUUUUACGAGAGAAAACUCAUGGCCUCGUAGUUGAGAACCAGGAAUUGAGACAGCGCUUGGGGAUGGAUGCCCUAGUGACUGAAGAGGAGGCAGAGACCAAAGGGAAUGGAGCGAGGCCGGUGGCCGGGUCUGCUGAGUCCGCAGCACUCAGACUACGUGCAUCUGCAGCAGGUGCAGGCCCAGUUGUCACCCCUCCAGAACAUCUCCCCAUGGAUUCUGACGGUGUUGACUCUUCAGACUCUGAGUCUGAUAUCCUGUUGGGCAUUUUGUUCAACUUGGACCCAGUUAUGUUCUUCAGAUGUCCUUCCCCAGAGUCUACCAGCCUGGAGCAGCUCCCAGAAGUCGACCCAGAAGGACCCAGUUCCUUACCCACACCCCCCUCUCCAUCCCUGGGGACGUCAUCAGCCAAGCUGGAAGCCAUUAAUGAACUGAUUCGUUUUGACCACGUAUAUACAAAGCCCCUAGUCUUAGAGAUACCCUCUGAGACAGAGAGCCAAGCUAAUGUGGUAGUGAAAAUUGAGGAAGCACCUUCCAGUCCCUCAGAGAAGGAUCACCCUGAAUUCACUGUCUCAGUGAAGGAAGAACUUGUAGACGAUGACUUCAUUCCAGAGCUGGGUAUCUCAGAUCUGCUUUCAACCAGCCACUGCCUGAAGCCAUCUUCCUGCCUACUGGAUGCUUAUAGUGACUGUAGCUAUGAGGGUUCCCCUUCUCCCUUGAGUGACAUGUCCUCUCUGCUUGGUGUAGACCAUUCUUGGGAGGACACUUUUGCCAGUGAACUCUUUCCCCAGCUGAUUAGUGUCUAAGGAGUGAUCCAAUACUGAUGCCCUUUUCUUGACUAUUAAUUACACUGCUGGAGGAUAUAGCACAGAAGCCUGUGCUUCAUUCAAAAAGCCAAAGUAGAGGGUGUAUGGUCCUAGAGAAUUCCUCUAAAGUAUUUGUUCAAACCUCAUAGGUCACCCCAAGUAUUGUCUUUUGACAUUCAGCAGUCCAGGGUACACAGAUACAUUACUAUAAUCCAGAAUUACAGAUUCUGAGGUUGUACCUUUAUCUUAAGGGCAGUGGUUUGCCCUAAAGUAUUUACGUAAGCAUCACUAGAAAAGUGUCUUAGACAUGGAAUUAACGAAUGGCCCUUUAUCAUUUCUCUUUACCCAUCUUGGCAUCCCAGGCUUGCCUCCGAUCUUAGGUCCUUUAGUUUGCUUCUGCAAGCAGAGAGAACACCUAUUUGAGGGGGCUCCUUUUCCCUUAUCAUGUACAGUUCAAGUAAAGAUCAAGAAUCUUUUGUAAAAUAGAAAUUUACUAUGUAAAUGCUUGAUGGAAUCUUUCCCUGCUAGUUUAACUUUUGGAAGGUGCUUUCUCCAUUUAUUUAAAACUACCUGUGCAGUUAAAAAGAAGUACAAUGCAGUGUCUU